AUGUCGAACACCGCCAUCUCCGACAAGAACGUCAAGCACACACAAUGCGCUUUGUCGAGGAGGGAUGGGCAGUUGCGAACAGCUUUGGUCCAGCCAUGCUCAUUGGGAAUGACCUCGUCAAGCUACAUGGUGCUAAUAUCAGUUCUGACCGCAUCGCUCGACAGCUUCGGCGUCGAACUUCGACGUCAACCGCCGCCCCCAAAUACGCCUCCGUUUCGCGAAAACAGAGACAGCGGCUUCUUCCCAACCUCAUGGAGCAGUGCCGCCAAAGCGAUCACCACUGGUGCGGCAGCCGCGGUCACUGUCGGAGGAGUCCUUCCAGGCGCUCGUACCAGCGCCCAGGUAGAGACCGCCCCCACUGCGCUCCUCCGGGGAAGCUUCGACAUGACACCUACCGUCACUUCUAUCCUGACGGGAGAGUCGCCGCUGACUGCCCCAUUGAGCGGCAUCGCGCACUCCCUCGCCGACGCAGUCUUCACCAUGACGAAGUCAAGUCUGCGUCCGAAGCAGGCUAGGAGAAGCCAUCUCGCACCACGAAUCCUAGUCAAGAAGCCCGUCAACCUGUGA